UGCUCCUCACCUCUCGUCCUGUCCUCAACCUCUUUGCAUGAUAGCUUCAACUUGUAUUUCCAAUCCACCAUGCCAGUCUCACAAUCAUCAUCGUCAUCAUCCCUCGACCUCAUCAUCUGCGCAACAUGCGGCACGCAAUUCCCGACCACCUCCCCCCCACCCAACUGCAAGAUCUGCGAUGAUCCCCGCCAAUUCAUCCCUCCCACGGGACAAUCAUGGACCACCCUCCGCGCCCUCCGCCAUCCCGACCAGACCCAUGCCCAAAACCACGAAACGCACCCCUACCACAACGAAUUCCACCCCCUCCUCCCCACAGAUACCCCCGACGCAGACCUGAAAAAAGCAACCCUGAUCUCAAUCCACACCGUCCCCAAACUCGCCAUCGGCCAGCGCGCCUUCCUCUGCCGCACCCCCCGCCACGGCAACAUCCUGUGGGACUGCAUCCCCUUCCUGGACGACGCGACGGUCGCCACCAUCGCGGCGCUGGGCGGCCUGCGCGCCAUCGUCAUCUCGCACCCGCAUUACUACGCCACGCACCUCGAGUGGGCCAGCGCGUUCGCGUGUCCGGUCUAUCUGGCGCGCGAGGAUGAGGAGUGGGUUGUGCGGCGGGGUGAGUCACAGGAACAGGUUUUCUGGGACGGGGCACGGUUGGAUUUGUUGGAGGUGUUGGGGGAGCAGCUAGAGGGGCAACGGCAGCAGCAACAGCAACAGCAACAGCAACAGGACGGAAGUGGGGGUGACGGGGGUGACGGGGGUACUCUAGGCCAAGGUGCAGGUCAGGCCCAGGGGCAGGGCCAGGGCCAGGGGCAGGACAAGCUGGAGGUGAUCAAGACCGGCGGCCAUUUCCCGGGGAGCACGGUGCUGUGGUGGCGGGCGUGGCGCACGCUGCUCAUUGCCGAUACGAUCGGGACGGUGCCGAGUGGGAUCUAUCAUGUCGAUCGGUUGCCGGGGACGGCGUCGUUUACGUUUCUGUGGUCGUAUCCGAAUAUGAUACCGCUGCCGCCGGAUGAGGUGUUGAAGAUCUGGAAGGCGAUCGAGCACACCGACUUUGAUUCGACGUAUGGCGCGUUUGUGGGGAUGCAUACGCACGGGGACAGCAAGAAACGGGUCUUGGAGAGUGCUAAGAUCUUCGUCAGGGCUAUGGGGUAUCUGGAUCAUGCCAUUUACAAGGAAGUCUGUUUGUGACGGAGCUAUAUAAGGUAUACACUGCGCGCGCGUUGCUUUUCCGUUAUUGUACAGUACAAUCAUACCAGGUCCCUGUCAGUGCGGAUGCAUGAAUGCUCUCUCGCACAGCACGAGAAGCCUGUAUACUCUAAGGUACAGUUGAGUUAAUGAUACUUGCAUCUUUGACCUGACAACACUCCAC